AUGGACGCCUCUGGACGAUUUUAUCCGGGCGUCUUUGGACGAGCUUAUUUGAGCGAAAAUAAUGAAAUGACAGUAACAGCUCACGAAAUGGGUCAUUGCUUGACUUUGUCUGAUUCAUAUUCCGAUGAUCCCAAGUUCAAACGUCCGGAGGCCUCAGCAAAAAUUGGCCAGUAUGAUGAUGAAUGGGAUGUCAUGAGUGCUGAUCAUGUCAAAGCCAAUCAAACUAAAUAUGGAAUGGUUGGACCUGGCUUAAAUGGAUUUACUUUGAAACUACUUGGUUGGAUUCCAAAGGAACGUAUUUAUACAUUUGGACAAAACGGCAAAACAUCAGCUACAUUGAAUUUAACGACACUUAUGAAUCCAGCACCCGGCUAUCCAUCAUUGAUAAUUGUACCAUGCGAUCCAUCAGAUCUUCAACAUUAUUAUCUUAUUGAAAUGCGUUUCAAAGAAAAAUGGGAUGCUAGAUUUGAUCGAAAUUCUGUAUUCAUACACGAAGUCAAACAGGAUCCAAACAAAAAAACUAAAUAUUAUCGUUCAUAUCUUCUUCGAGCACGUAAUACAACACGAGAUUCUGUUAACUUUGUGAAUAUGAACGGUGUGACAAUUACUACUGGUGAAAUCAAUGUUCAAACACGAACUGUUUCUGUUAAGAUUACGACAACAAAUCCAAUUGCCAGGUCGAAAGCUACUAAACGAUUACAGGCAAAGAAUUAUUUAUUAUUAUUGAAAAAAUUUUAUGCAGCAGAAAGUGAACAAUUUAAACGAGAACUUGCUUCGUUAAUCUUGCAACGACUCACAAAAUUCUAUAAAUAA